AUGGACAACUUGACCUCAUCCAAGAAACUGAUCUGUAGAGGAACCAAGAUGAAUAAAGUUGAUAAUGACGGUAGGACUGCGUUACAGCUAGCUUCAGAUGGGCGACAUGAUGUCACUAAAUAUCUCAGCAGUCAAGGAGCCGAGGUGAAUAACGGCGGAAAUCUUAGUUUGACCCCGUUACGUGUAAGUCGUAAAGGCAACGCCAAAUGUCUGAUCCACAAAGACAGUAAGGAGGAAAAUGAACAAGAUGGCCGUGUUGAUAAUUUGCAGAGUGCACUAAGCAGUGCUGCGCAGAAUGGACAACUUGACCUCAUCCAAGAACUGAUCGGUAGAGGAGUCGAGGUUAAUAACGGCGGGGAAAAGGGUUUGAUACCAUUGCAUAUAGCUGCAAAGAAUGGUAAUCUUGAUGUUACCAAAUUUCUGAUCAGUCAAGGAGCUGAGAUGAAUAAAGUCGAUAAUGACGGUUGGACUGCGUUACAUCUAGCUUCAGAUGGUCAUCUUGAUGUCACUAAAUAUCUCAUCAGUCAAGGAGUCGAGGUGAAUAACGGCGGAAAUAAUAAUGUGACCCCAUUACAUAUAGCUGCAGGGACUGGUCAUCUCGAUGUCACCAAAUUUCGGAUCAGUCAAGGAGCUGAGGUUAAUCAUGGCGGAAUGGAGGCUGCUUGUCAUGGUCAUCUUGAUGUGACCAAAGAACUAAUCAGUCAAUGUGCUGACUUUAACAAGACCGAUUAUAAUGGUUGGACUGCAUUACAUUUAGCUGCUCAUGAAGGACAUCUUGAUGUUGUCACAGAAUUAAUCAGUCAAGGAGCUGAUGUUGAUAGGGCUAGUGUCAAAGGAUGGUCAGCAUUAUACCUUGCCGCAGCUGCUGGUCACGUUCGUGUUUCAAGUGCUUUGCUUACUCAGCAAGCUGAGCUUGCCAAAGCAAAUAUAAUUCAUUGGAUGGAGCUUCAUUCCGCUGCAGAGAGAGACGAUCUUGAUGCCAUGAAAGAUCAAGUCAGUCAAGGAGCCGAGCUAGAUAAAGCUGGUUCUUUUGGUUGGACAGCCUUACAACUUGCAGCAAGUAACGGACACCUUGAUAUGAUCAAAUAUUUGCUAAGUCAAGGAGCUGAUGUGAAUUCUAGCAAUGACUUUGGUAGGUGUGCCUUGCAUAGUGCCUCAAAGAAAGGGAACUUGGAUGUCGUGGAAUAUCUGAUCAGUGAAGGGGCCGAUAUGAAUAACAGACAGGACCUUGGAUUGACUUCCCUUCAUUUUGCAUCACUUUUUGGCCAUUUAGAUAUCGUCAAAUCCCUAAUCACACAUGGAGUGGAGGAAGAUAUUGGCAACGCCAUUGGAACCACUGCUCUCCAUUAUGCUUUAUGUAAUCGUCGGAUCGACAUUACCAAGUAUCUGCUUAGCCAUGGCUCUGAACUGAAUAAGAGAAGCGUGUGGCCCUCCGUCAUCUUACAAUUUGAUGGACAGUAUGGUCACUAUGAUGUGCGAGGUGUGCAUAGUCGUGUAGUUCAAGCAGUUAGCACACUAAUUGACUCUCUCACUGUCUUUAGAGGUGCUCCAGAAAGUGAUCUUGGUAGAAGCAAAUAUCAAGAUGGCGAUGAGGAUAAGACAGUUCAAGGUGGAAUGGUUAUUGUGCAUAGGCCAUUUACAGUGUCUGAUCUUGACAAUCAAGAUCUUCUUGCAAGUCAGGGAGACAGAACAAUUGGUCGCACAUCAUUACAAUAUGCUGUAGAAGGCGGCUGCCAUGCAGUUGUUCGGUAUGUGGUCAGUAAAGGAGCUGAGGUGAACGAAAGCAACAAUGUUGGCUGGACUGCUCUUCAUGUUGCUGCGCAAAUGGGUCAUCUUGGUACUGUAGAUUAUUUACUUGGACAAGGAGCGGAAGUAGCUAAAGGAGACGUCGAUGAUAUCUCGCCUUUGCAUGUUGCUGCAUUUGUUAGCCAUUGUGACGUUAUCGAGCAUUUGCUUAGGCGAGGAGCAGAGGUCAACGGAGCCACCAAGGAGAAAGGUUCUACAGCCCUACAUGUCGGCGUGCAGAAUGGUCAUCUUGAUAUCACGAAAGGCUUGCUCAACCACGGAGCCGAAAUUGAUGCGACAGACAAUGACGGUUGGACUCCCUUGCACAUUGCUGCUCAGAAUGGUCACAUCGAUGUCAUGAAGUGUCUCCUUCAGCAGCUUGCAGAUGUUAGGCAGGUUACCAAGAAGGGAUCAUCUGCAUUGCAUUUGUCUGCUGCAAAUGGACAUACUGAAGUCACAAGAUAUCUAUUGGAGCACGGAGCUGAAGUAAAUCUGAUUAAACCUGAUCAGACUGCGCUGUCACUCGCUGCAGAACAAGACCAAGUGCAUCGGACAAGUCCAGAUACGUGGUGUGCUGAAGGGCAGAAACACCCUUCUUCCCCAAAUGGCCGUGCAGAUACUGAGGGUUUAACAGAAGAUGAGAAGAAGGUUGUUUGGCAACAUCCCGAGAGAGGCUGCACAGCAGUUCAUUUAGCCACACAAAAUGGCUACACCUCCAUCAUCGAGACAUUAGUUUCUCAUGGCGCCGAUCUCAACAGCCAGUCCAUAGACGGACAAACCUGUCUUCACGAAGCCAUCAGUCUUUCAGGUCGGGAGGAGAGCAAAGUUGAAGCAACACCAGCUCUCCAAAAGAUCUCAGAAGUCUUCUACCAGAAAGAAUUGUCUCCCGGGAAGGCCCUGGUCUUCUAUCUCUUGGACCACGGAGCAAAGCCGGACAUCAAGGAUAACCAUGGCAACCUACCAGUCCACUAUGCCAAGGAUGAAGUCGUUCGCCAGAUGAUAUUCUCAAGAGUAACUACGGAGGCCGAGAAGAACAAUUAUGCCAACCUUCCAGAAAGUGCGCAAAGUGAUAGAACAGACAGUGUUGAGCCAAUAAACCAACCCUUAGAUAGUAGAUAUGCAACUGGAACGUUUGGGGCCCUUGGAGGAACCCUGUCCACCAAAUCUCAUGGGUUUACUCUCCACAUUCCACCUGGUGCCCUUGAGGAAGAUGAGAAAAUCAGCCUUCGGGUACUGACGGAGAUUCCAAAUGGCCUCACACUUAAAGAGGACGAGCUUAUAAACGAUGUCCAUAACAUUAAUGACUUCCGUUUCCAACCUGUGAAGGGCGAUGACGAUGAUAUUGAGUUUCUGCAGGGAACACUAAAAGUUGCUUGCCAGGUGGGUGAGAAGAGUCCCAAAUCCGAGGAACAAGCUAUUCAGUUCAGCGACAAGAGGUCGCAAACGAAAGAGACAAAGUACUUUGAGCUCGAUCUGACCAAGGAGAGUGAAGGGACAUUAGUGACACUUGAAGUGGUUCAAACCUCUACACAGAUGAUUAAGUUCACCACACGUUUCGAAGGGAUCGAAGAAAGCUUGACAAAACAGGACACUCCUUCACCAUCCACUGUUGGAAUACCUAGUGAAGAAUCCAGUGAGCAGGAUUUUGACGACCUUCUCAAGACAAUUGCCAAUCGGAUUCAUAAGGUUGGUGACAUCGACAAUCUAGGCAGGGAAUUGGGUUUUCAACCUCCGGAAAUCCAACGAUACUUACGAAUAAACGAAAAAGACCACGAUGUUACAUGCAGGGGAACACUUAGUAUGCUUCGGGAUUGGAGGGACAGGACUACAAGCUCCGAAGAACGUGAACAAUUGAAGAAAGCCCUGAUUGCGAUUAGACACCAACGUCUGGUAGACGACCUCCUGAAAGACGAUAUGGCAAGUUAG